GACACAAUGCAAAAAAUAUUGCAAUCGCUUUCUAUAAAGCAUUGGCCCUUGACUGAAACUGAAUUGCGACUGGCGGUUAUCAAAACAGGAUGAAGUUUAAGUUGUUAGCAGUCCUUUUUAUCGCCGCAGCGAGCUUCGAGAUUUUUGAGGCUACCGACACGUCUUUACUGCAGCAGUUUAUGGAGAAUGAACUGCCUCCGCGUCUAAUACAAAAUCCAGAAGAUAUUCCUGAGAAAGGCCGCGACAGUGAAGUAUGUCCAAGCGAAGUUAAGGUCUCUUGGCAGCUUCAACCACCUUUCACCUUUGAGAAUUAUUCUAAAGAAGAUCAACCUCAAGUAAACGGGAUCCUCCAUCAAGCCCUAGAGUUCGCUUUGGAAAAGUGUUGCAACUUCUAUUUGGGGAACAAAACGACAAUGCGAUACCUUGCCAUGUCUGAUAACUCAUCUUCGCUUCAACGCAUGGCGCUUACGGAAGACAUAAGCUUGAGUUUUCCUUUUCAACCAGACUGGUACAUAGACAGUAGCCGACAGUACAUUAACAUAUUUGAUUCGCCUGGGAUUGUGAUAAUUCGAAGAGGUCCUUCUCACACCACGACGGAGAGACGUGCUCAGUUGCUUAAAGCUAUUUUGGGAGCGUGGCCCGUCGUAGUUUUGAGCCUUUUGAUGUCCUCUUUGGCCGGAAUCUGCAUUUGGAUAUUGGACAACGGUGAAAAUGAAGAAGAGUUCGGCCGUCCUUUCUACCGCGGAGCUUUCGAUGGCUUCUGGUGGGCGUUUGUCACUAUGUCGACGGUUGGAUAUGGCGACAAGACUCCAAAGUCUAUAAGUGGCAGACUAUUUUCCGUGGUGUGGAUAAUGACUGGUAUUACAGUCUGUUCAAUACUAACAGCCACACUUUCCAGUGCUUUGACGAACGUCACGGUCAGUGUGGAGAGAUAUGACGUGACCACGGGAAAAACGAUUGGUGUGCCGAGGGAGAGCAUUGCUUUUAAACGGGCUGUAAAUCUUGGAAUAAACAUCACUGAGUUUCAAAGCCUACAUGAAGCCUACUCUUCGUUGGAGAAUGGAAAGGUAGACGGAAUUAUGGAAGAGAUGUUUACCGCGGUCGAGUUUAUUAAGAGGAAAAGCAACUCAGAGCUAUCGAUCGCUCAGUUCUUCGAGGACAAACACGGAUUUGGAGCAGCAAUAAAGAAAGAUGGUUUCAGUCUUGAUGUAGUGAGCUGUUUGUCGAACGUGACGCAGUUUGUCUCCGAUGAUAUCUAUCUCAAUGCCAGUGCAUAUCUCAAAUCUCGCACGAAUCAAGACUUGACUCCACCUACCAAAAACCUGGAACAAAACGAUCCACCAAAGAAUGAGUACAGCAUAUUUGACCAAGAAUCCAGCUCUUUCCAAGCAACAAUUCUCGGAAUUUCUGUCGCUCUGUUCAUGUUCAUAGCUUGCUCUAUCGGCUUUGCAGGAGUCAGGUAUUUGCGACGACGAAGACGACCAAGCAAGGAAGUAGUUGAAUUGGCAGAGGUAGAAAAAGGUCUCUAAGCACCUAUAUUUCUUGUCAUGUUUCCUCUUUUUUUUUUAAUUGAGAGAUGCAAGUGAUAUACAUGAGAUGAAUAUCGGCGAAACUGCCAUUGAUUAAAUCUUCUCUUUAAGUAAGUCGCACCAAAGGAAAUAGAUCUAAAGUAAAACAUGAACUUAAACUGAAAUCCAAGAGCAAUAACAUACUUAAUGAGACCAGACUGAAUAACAAUACUUUAAGAUCGCUACCUUUGUACUAUGUAAUAACUGUAGGAUAUUUCAGUUUAAAUACGGAAUGCUUAAUGAGCUUACACAGUGUAACUGCAUUGAAGUAACGUUAUUAUAUUUGAUAACGUUCGUAUUUCAGAAAGUUCAAGCAGAAACUUGCUCUCUCAGAAGUUACUUUUGAUA